AUGUCGGGCUGGGGCUGGUUCAUCCUUGUCAUCAUUAUCCUCAUCCCCGCCGCCUACUUCGGCUACGUUGCCUAUCGACGCUUUAAAGCCAAACAAGACGGCCAGCCUCCACCACCGUGGAACAUCUUCCAAAAAGACCGGAGCGGGUCAGGCAUCUAUCCGGCCCCAACCGGCCCUCUCGGCUGGAUCAAAAAUAAAUACUACGGUCUCCGCAAUUCCAGAUCGAAGACCGGCGCGUAUGAAGGGGACAGUGGUGCUGGUGCAAGAGGGCACCACCGUCCGCUAGACCCAGAUGAGGCGUGGGACUCACGGGUAGAAGAGCGCGGGGAGAACGACGGGUAUGGGGGGUACUAUGAGGAGCAAGAGCUAGGAUUGCAGCCACCUCCCUCUUCCGCGGCACAUAGAGAUGAGUAUGCAGGUACAGGGUAUGGUGGUGGGAGUGGUCCAGGAUUGUCGGGGUAUGGAGGACCAGCUGAUGUGCAGAGGGGUAGGAGCUUGAGUAGGGAGAUAAGAGCUGAGGAGCAGACAGGCUAUUUAGGCCCAGAGAGGGCGAGGGAGAAUCCGUUUGGGGACCAUGCUGAGGCGAACAGUUUAAGGGGUGUGAGCCCAAGGCCGCAUCAGGAGGGUGGAAAGGGGCACAACAGGGAGGUCAGUGAUGGAGGGAGCUUGCAGGCGGGCGACAGUCCGAAUGAGAGGCGGAGUAUGUUCAGAGAAGAAAACGUAUGA